UUUGGACUUGCCCACUACCACCUGGCACCGAGUCGGUUUCGCGCAAGGCGGUGAUUCUCGCCGGAAUUGCCGUCUGGACAGCCUUCACCUCUUUAACAAAUCCUCACGCCCAGGUCGCCACCACUUAUGUCUCGACGGAGCUACCACAGCGUGUCUGGUAGCAUAUCUUCCAGAUAUGUUAGCGAUGAUGAUCUCUUCAACUACGUGCUCCGUGUAUCUUACCUGAGCUAUCUCAUGACCCCAAAGCCAACUGAAGUAACGACACAAGUGUCCACGAGCUCCGAUCUGCGAGACAAAGAGCAUUCGAGGCUGUCUGCACUUUCGAAUUUCUCCAUUGGCGACCUAUUCAAAGACAUUCGAGAUGGUUCUAAGAGUGUGAAGUUUCCGGAGAAGCUGUUGAAGGUUUUGGAACAAAAGUUGCAGAAUAUUGCCAUGGGCAAAGACCCCAGCUACUCGGAGCAACUCGUCCGUCGAACCAUGGCCAAAUUCUACGGCCAGUUCCAAAUCGACAGCUUCAAGCGACAGAUGAAGGAGAAUCGGAAGAUAGAGGAGCUUAUCCUAAUGUUUGCAACACAUGCGACGACGGUAUUGAAGAAGGAGCCUUCUCUGGCCGGCGAUGGAUGGAAACUCGAGCUGAACAAUCAGAUCGCCACCUUUGUCAAGAUGCUGCGAGAGUGUUUACGGACCGUCAACCACGUUUCGCCGGAGCUUCUAAGCAGGCUGGAUACGUACGCGUCCAAAUUAGCUCCACAGAGCUCGAACGAUUCAGGAUACGAUUCCUCCUCCACUCGCGACUCCAUCUCCAUUCCGGCAAUCAGCAAUAGCGUCAUGGAUAUGGAACUGGUGCGAGUUGUUGCUGGGCUGUUCCGGAUACCGGAGUCCCAGCUGCAGAGAGAGGUGGAUUCACUCAGGGCAACUUGCACGCCCAAGGCUGCAUUGGUGGAUCUCAAGACGUGUCUGAAGAACAUCAAUGCAGGUGCAUCCUUUCCUGGACGACGUGAAGACUUCAGCACGGAUUCCGCUUGGCAGAACUGGCGUACCGCGGAAACAAGCUACCUCCAACAGAUGGUAGUUGCGAUGGUCCAAUUCAAUCCGGAACUUGCCAAGUCGACGCCAGCAGAAAGAGAGUCUGCCGGAAGACCUGUGUCGUCGUAUUCGGGUUACGACGCACCUGCUCGGACAACAUCCAUCGGCAGUCGACGAUCUCUGUACGCUCUGGAUAGUGAGAUGAUGCAGGACGAUGUGCUCGAUGACGAUGAAAUCACUGUGGGACACAACUUUACGUUCAUACCUCCUAACCCGAAGAAGCACUACAAACGGCUGCUGGAGCAUUGUCUAUUGACAGAUCUGGAAAUUAUGCUCAGUCCCGAGGUCGAUGACAACGACGAGGUUUCGCUUGGGAUUCUUUCGACCCCUCAUCUGGACUUACUGAAUGAAUGUGCUUUGCGUUGGAGAAUCGGGCAUGCUUAUCGGGCAAUAUGUUUUGUGGACAUCGUAAAGCAAUUUUACGAGCGACAGGACAUCCCCUUGGAGUGUAUACCUGAAGCACUGUCUCACAUCAGCAAGGUCUCGAGCGACACCGAGCCAGAGGAGUGGCCGUCGGCUGACUCCGAGUAUCUGGCACAUGUGUACGGCGGACUGUUCAACACCUUUUUGUCGAACCUGUACCAUGCUAUGGAUGCUGUCCCCAACAUCAAAGCCUCUGAGGUCGAGCCAUUUCUAAAACUUGACCUUGUCUCCCUCUUCGUAGAAGCGACAAUCCCCAGCUUCAUACAGGAAAUCCAGUCAUCCCAAAAGCGUUUGUUCGAAUCUUCGAUGAAUGGGCCAACACCAGAUGUGCCCAUUCAAGACAUUUUCGCAUUGUACCGACGGUCCAAGACUUUGCUUGGCAUGUUCAGCGCUUUCUGCCCUGAUGCGUCCAUCGAAUUUGACAUCAACACGUUUUACGAGCCCUAUGUUCGGCAAUGGCUUCAAACGACAGACAGCAAAACGUCGCAGUGGGUUGAAGCUGCUAUUGCAGCAGACAAGUUCGAAGCUGAAGGCUCCGAAGGCCACAGCUCCUCUAUCGUAGAUCUAUUUGACUCGCUACGCAGUCCUGUCGGGUUUUUGCAUGAUCUCGAAUGGGACGACGAGUAUCAGCUGGCUCGAUUCUUCACAUCUCUAUCAAAGAGCAUGUCCAAAGCUAUCGAGCACUAUUGCCGGACUGUUGAAGGGCUUUUCCUAACCGAGAUGUUCCCGCGCCCUUCAGACUAUCUGCAACCCCAGAAGUCGUCCGCGUGGCUUGAAAAGGCGCGACAGUUGGCGGCGUCGGGUGAUAAGAAAGUCGAGCCUUUCAACUUCCAGCCGCAGACAUGUGUCAAGCUCAACAACGUCGAAGCCGCCCGGCGACUGUUGGAUAAUAUGUACAACGAAACACAGGCUGACAAAAUCUCCGAUAUUCUCAAGCAGAUGCCGCCUGUUCCGAACAAGACUACAGAGGCAGAACGAUUCCUCUUCUCUGUCAAGAUCGUUAUUGCCGAGGGUCUGGUGCCUUUGGACAGCAGUCCAUCUCGUAUGGCUGAUACGUUCGUGACGUUAAGUGACGAGAAUGGUGUCCGUAUGGCAAAAACGAGAACCAUUUAUGACACCUUGAGUCCACGAUGGGAUGAGACUUUCGAUAUCUCAGUCGAGAAACCCUUGUGGCUCAUGGUCAGUGUAAGAGACCGGGCACUGGUCGGUAAACAUGACACUGUCGGCCGAGCUUAUCUCUGCUUGGAUCCCAGACGAUUUGGCGAUUUCCUGACGCAUGACCUGUGGAUGGACUUGGAUUCUCAAGGGCGUGUGUUGGUGAGGAUCAGCAUGGAAGGGGAGAAGGAUGAUAUUCUAUUCUACUUCGGGCGUGCCUUCCGUUCGUUGAAGCGCGCCGAGUCAGACAUGGUCCGCAUCUUCAUCGACAAGAUGGCACCAUUCAUCCAGCAAUGCUUGUCUCGCAGCGUACUCAAAUCUCUUCUGAAAGGCGGCGCAUCAGGAUUGGACUACAACAAAGCGAUCAGCAAUGUCACCGCUUUGUGGGGCUCUGCUAUCGGGACAUCGUCCAACGAAGUGCAGAUUCCGCUGCCGAGCUCCGAGAAACCCCGUAUCCGGCCAGACGAAUUGACUGAUGUUGAGAUCGAGCAAGCCAUCCUGCCUCUCUUCGAUUACUUCGACGCCAAUCUGCAAACUCUCAAUACGUAUCUCAGUGACACAGCGAAGGAGAUGGUCAUGACACGAGUCUGGAAGGAGAUUCUCAACAUCAUCGAGGGUCUCCUGAUCCCACCGCUCUCCGAUAUCUCGAGCGACAUGAAGCCUCUCACGGACAAGGAGGUUGAUGUUGUCUUCAAGUGGUUGAAAUUUUUACGAGACUACUUCUAUGCGAAUGGCGAAGGGCCGGUCCCUCUCGAGGCGAUCCAGAAUCAGAAGUAUCGCGAUGUCGUCUCGAUUCGUUUGUAUUAUGACUGGCACACGGAUCUUCUCAUGGAGGAAUGCGUGAGGAUGAUGCAACAGAGCCUCAAAUCAACACCAACAAUGAAGAAACGAGUCAAGAGCGUGUAUCAGCAGCGGAAUCUCGGGACUAUCAAGGAGCGCAAGAAGGAGAAACGGGAGGAAAAGGAAGUCUCCAGCGGAGAAACAGUCAUGCGUAUCCUUCGAAUGAGACCUGGGACUUCCGAUUUCAUCGCACAACAGCUGCAGAUCAUGCAGGCCAUGCAGGCCGAGCAGGACCAAAGGGCGCGUGAAUUAGAACAGCGGAAGCUCAAGCGGCCAGCCAAGCAGCCGGUUCCUCCGGUUCCAGAAAUCCCCCCAGUUCCCUGAUCUAUCCAUCACAUACCCACUUUCGCAUAUCGUAUAACGUCGAUGCUUUCUAUUCCCACACAU